CAACGGUCAUAUCUAAAUUUUUCAGUGCCGUCGUGCCGCACGUUUUUCUUGUAAAUAAAUAAAUAAUUCAUAAAACACUAAGAUGUUUCGUCUGCAACAAUCCCAGCCCGAUCCCGCCGAAGAGCAGAAACGAGUUGCAUCCGAAGUCCGCUUCAAUUUCAUCCUUUUUGGAGCUAUAAUCGCAGCUGUUCGAUUGGCUCCUGUGGUCCUACAGCAUUUAAAUACGGCAUAGGAAUAAAAUUAACUAUAUAAAGGAGUUUAACUGUAUCAAGAAGUUAUCAAACAUCUAGUUGCUCAAGCAAGUUUGGUAAAUUGCUAAACAACUGGCACGCAAACUGCAUUUAUUUAAAAGCACUUUGGCAAUUGGAUAGCGUUUAAAUCAAGGCAUUUUUUAAGUUUGGAAUAAAUUAAGGACGUUCCUAAAAAAAAUAAUGUUAUACAAAAUGUAGAAAGUGAAUAAAAACGAGACAUACCUUCUUCAAAA